UGUAACUCCGUGUCACUUCGUGGUUGUCCAGUCAACAAGAACACGUGCAUUGUUUUCCUAAUCUAAUCUGUCCCGGGAUUAUUCUCUCGCUGUCCCGGGGUUAGCUAGCUAGGUAGCUAGCAGCAGCGGGGCUCCGUUUUUUUUUUAAAAGAUCGAUCGCGGUGUUAGCAUCGUUAGCACCGUGUUUGCCACCUGUAGGCUCUACUCGGAUUCACGCUUAAGCCGCACCAGACAUGCUAACUAGCCAGCUAGCCGCGUGAGCGCCCUGCCGCCCCGGGCUAGCGGUUUGUUAGCCGCCGAGCUAACGAGCCAGCGCAACGAUGGACGACCCCGGUAUGAAGAAGCAGAACUGGGACGUGAGGGAGACGGAGCUGUUCCUGGAGAUCCUCAAGGAGCUGGACAUGAAGAAGUGCCUGGACGGGAGGAAGGUGCGCAACAACAAGCUCUUCAAGGUGGCGCACCGGAGGAUGACGGCGGCCGGCUACCACCGCUCCGUGGACCAGCUCAAGUUCCGCUGGAAACUUCUUAAAAGUGCGUACUACAAGUGCAAGAGGGCGCCCAACGCUCCGGCCCCGACCAAGAUCCAGGGCUGGUGGCGCUACGAGAAGACGAUGGUCGCCAUCAUGGAGUCCAGACACCCGCUGGUCGGGGCCGGGGCGAACUCUGAUCGGAUGGAUGAGGUGACCGAGGACUCGGAUGGAGAAGCGUCCAUGCUGCCCUGGCCUCAGCCCUGCCCGGGCAUCACCGCUCAGAACCUGGAUUUAAUUAUCAAAAUGGACCCUGAGAUUAAAUCACAGCUGAAAAUCGGUUUUAUCGGUGCAGGCAACAUAGCGUACGGCAUCGCAAAGGGCAUCCUGUCCGGAAAUGUUCUUCCAGCAAACAUCCAAGUGAGCGCACCGUCCCUCAGGAACCUCGGAAACUUUCAGGAGCUGGGGAUUUCCAUCACUCAUUCCAACAUAGAGGUGGUCUGUGGCUCAGAUGUCAUCUUCCUGGCCGUCAAACCUCACCUGGUAUCUCUAGUCCUCAAUGAGAUCUCACAGCACAUCACCGACAGACAUACAGUCGUGUCUGUGGCAGCAGGAGUAACACUGGCAACGUUAGAGGAGCUCCUUCCAGAGAAUUCAGUCACCAUCCGCCUGAUGCCCAAUCUGCCAUGUAUGGUUCAAGAAGGAGCUCUGCUGUUUGCACGAGGAUCUCAUGCAAAAGAGGAGGACGGAGUUCUGCUUCGCUCCUUGUUGCAUCACUGUGGUUUGGUGGAGGAGGGACCUGAGGCCUGGAUCGACAUCCACACUGGACUGAGUGGGAGUGGGGUCGCUUUCGUUUAUCUGUUUGCUGAAGCUCUGGCAGAAGGAGCCGUGAAAAUGGGCAUGCCCAGCGCUCUGGCCCACAGCAUCGCAUCUCAGACGGUUCUGGGUGCCGGGAGAUUGUUGCGUGACUCCGGGAAGCAUCCAGCUCAGCUGCGCUCUGAAGUCUGCACCCCAGGUGGAACAACCAUUUAUGGGCUCCACACGCUGGAACAAGGCGGCAUGAGGGCAACGACCAUGAGCGCCGUGGAGUCGGCCACCGAGAGAGCCAGGGAGCUCGGCAGAAAGUCAGCAGCAGGAAGCAGAAAAUGACAUUUGCCUUUUUAAAUAACUGCUCAUCCGUCUUAAGGAAAACCACAACAAACAACUGACUUUUUUGUUCCAACUGGUUAUGGAACAUGGAGACAAACCUGGACUUCUUUUUAUUUCUAUCUCCCUUACUUCCCCCCUAAACAAGUGCAUUUCAUUCUUCUCCUCUUUUCUGACUGGAAGGACCUGAAGGUGAAUAUUGGCUCAACCUUAAUAUCGACACUGACAAGUAAAUGAUCUGAUCAUGACCCUGAGAUCUACAUUUUCAGAGAGAAUUACUACUUUUUACAUGCACACCAAUAAUCGAUUUUGUGGAUUCAGUAAAUAAUAAAGUUAGAUGUUGCUCAUAGUUGUGGAUACGUAAACCACAAUAAGGUGCUGUCUUCUGGCUUUUUUAGGGUCAUGUUAGCCUGCGAGUUUCAAAACACUAAUUACUUUAAAACUGUCGGGCCAAGAAACACCUUGUUUAAACUACACAUGUCGAGAAUUGCCUUACUGGCCUUGAUUGGGUUAUUAUGUGCAUGUAAUGUGUAGUGUAGAAAAGAUCUUGAACGUGUAUUUAAUAUUGAAAUAUGUUAUUUAAUAAUCGGCCACAUUCAGCAGUUGUUGUGCAGCUGCAGUCCAGUGAUUGUUUCACUCUCUGGUGCAGCUUCCAUUUAGUUGCUGGGUUUUUGUGCGACACAAUUUGUAGGAAAAUAUUAUUGGACAAUGCCAAGUGUGUGGAGUUGAUUUCAUAAAAGUGUAAUGUGAACAGGAUCACUUUGUGCGUUGCCUUUUCAUUUCUAUUUAGUUUAUUUAAGGAGUUGCGUCUUUGCAGCAGCAGGUUGUUUAAAAACACAGAUGUGUUUCCUCAGGAACGAUCAGUUUACAGAACUCGAGGGAGCUUGUUGUUCUUACUGUGGCUUUGAGCUUGUUGUUGCUUUGCAGCUCAGUGACUUUGUGUCGUAGUUUCUCAGGCUCAUCAGCUGUUUCCUCAUUAAACCGCUCAACAAAUA